UGCUUGUGCAGAAGUGUGAAUCGUGAAAAUGUCAUCUUGCCGGACAGGACAGUGACCCCAGGCCGUAGAUCGGUUCGCGCGUAGCGUCGGCGACGGCUUCGUCAGGUGGCGAUGACGCGGGGGACGGGUCCGCCCCCGCGCUUAUCAGCUGAUAAGCUGGCGGUUGAUAGCGCCGUGCCAGUGGCAAACGUGGGCGAGUCUUCACCGUGACCAGGCCGCUUGGUACGCAGCGGCCGCCGCCCGUCAUGCUGCACUCGCUGAACGCACUCGCCGGCAAGAUAUCGCCGGGCGGCGGCCACGACACCAACGCUAACAAACACACGCACCCGAACCGCAACCACAAGGCGUCGUCGCCCGCGUCGCCCUACUCCAAGACUAAUGGGAUGAAUAUGAGCAUAAAUAACAACAACUGCACGAGCAUAAACAACAACAACAAUGAGGAGAAAUCCGAGAUGCCAGAUCCAGAUUAUAUUAAGAUGUUCGUCGGGCAGGUGCCCAGAAGUAUGGACGAGAACGACCUACGGCUGAUGUUCGAAGAGUUCGGUCGGGUGCACCAGAUCAACGUGCUACGGGACAAGAUUACGGGCGCGAGUAAAGGAUGCUGUUUUGUGACGUUUUUCACGCGAAAAGCCGCCCUGAAGGCGCAGGACGCUUUGCACAAUAUCAAAACGUUGAGUGGGAUGCACCAUCCGAUCCAGAUGAAACCAGCUGACAGUGAAAACAGAAAUGAACGCAAGCUGUUCGUCGGCAUGCUCAACAAGAAGCUAUCUGAGAACGACGUUCGAACGUUAUUCUCUGGGCACGGCGCGAUAGAAGAGUGCACGGUGCUGCGGGACGCGCAGGGGCAGAGCAAGGGGUGCGCCUUCGUCACGUUCGUGUCGAAGCAGGCGGCGAUCGCUGCUAUCAAGGCGUUACACCACAGUCAAACAAUGGAGGGCUGUUCCGCGCCGCUAGUUGUAAAAUUCGCGGACACGCAAAAGGAGAAAGAGCAGAAGAAGCUGCAGGCGAUGCACGCGAGCCUGUGGGGGCUGACGGCGCCGGUCACGCCGACCUACCUCGCGUCCGAGGCGGCGCUGUCGCCCGCCACGCAGCUGCAGCUGCUGCAGCAACUGCAGGCGGUCGGCCUGCAGCAGCAGCUGCUGCAAGGGCAGGGGUCCACGCUGUUGCAAGGUGUAAACUAUCAGGAUAUCGGUUUCAAUGGCGCAGGGUUGGGCGGGGGUGCGGGCGGGGUGGGGGGCGAGCAGCUCGGCGGGCUGCUGGCGCCCGUGUCGGUGCAGAACCUGGCGGCGCUGGCGGCGAUCACGCAGCCGCCCGCCGUGACGCAGGCGGCCGGCGUGCAGCCCGCCGCCGCGCACCAGCCCGCGCCGCAGUUGUGUCUUCUCGGAAAGACUAACAUUACAGGGUCGACCGCGGAGCCGCUGAGCAGCGCGUACGCGGCGCAGUUCGGCACGUUCGCGGCCGCGCCGCUCGGCUCCGUGCUCGGCUCCGCCGCAGCCGCCGCCGCGGGGAAACAGGUCGAAGGUCCUGAAGGCGGGAACCUAUUCAUAUACCACCUGCCGCAAGAGUUCACGGACACGGACCUGGCGUCCACGUUCCUGCCGUUCGGUCACGUGAUCUCGGCCAAAGUGUUCAUAGACAAACAGACGAACCUGUCCAAGUGUUUCGGCUUCGUGUCGUACGACAACGCGGCCUCAGCGCAGGCCGCCAUACAGGCCAUGAACGGCUUCCAGAUCGGCACCAAGAGACUCAAAGUUCAAUUGAAACGAUCCAAGGAACUGUCCAGACCGUACUAGAAGUUUCUAGAGUUUUCUAAAAUUGUGAACUCACGUUUAUACCAAGAGAAAAGGACAAUGCGAAAAGGUUGUAAAGUUUUUGAACGUUUGUUGUGAUGUAUCCGGUGCACUCGAGCAGAUAGUUGUAAGGUUCGAAAACGAGUCCAUGUGCACAGUUGUUAACUAAUAAGUGUAAGGUUAAGGUUUGUGUCAAAGGAUUUAUCGUUUCCAAAGUAUUCCCCAAAAUCAUUUAUUUCUAUUGUUAUUUUAAAUUAAGUAAGUGAUAAGAUUACGUUGCGUUCGCGACCGUUCGAACGCGCCAAAGAGUUGAGACAUCUUUUUUUUUUCAACAAGUGUCAUAUUAUUGUUUACAGUAGGUAUUUUUUUUGACGUCCAAAGUUCUCGUGCUACCAAUAUAUUACUUUAAGUAUUGAAAAUAGACUUUAUUUACCGAUUACUUUGUUACAUUCAAACAGAUUGAAAAUAUUUAUAAAAUAUUAAUUAUUAUGUUGCCUUUUUGUUUUUGUGUCGGUGUUACCACUUUGAAACGACGUGGCCAUGUUCAGAAACAGAUUUAGUGUUCUUUGUUUUAAAAAUAUAAGAUUUUUAGGUUAAUAAGAUGAUCUCAAAGUGAUCAAUGUAUUUAUUGUUUACCUUGUUGUCUGUAAUAGUGUACUUAAUAUGUUUUUAACAAAGCUUCGAUAAUAUAGGACGUAAGGGACAAUGAUCACAAAACUAUCACAUAAAAGAAAGAUUUACUUUCGUUUUAGUAUUGAUUAUGAUAUUUAUUUACACCUUGUACGUUGUCUCUUGAUGUUUACUGACCAUAUUGAAAAUAACAUCGAACGCUGAUUUAGUCAAAAAUGUCUUAGGGUUAAGUAUUUAAUAUAUUAUUACUAUGUUGUGUAAGUUUAACGUUUAUUCUUACAGAUAUUUUGCUUCUUUUUAUUAUGUAAUGGCCACUCUUAAAUAAUUAUUAGCACGUAUGCUCAAUAAAUCAACUUUUAAUAAUAUGUUUA